UCCGGCCAGUCGCCGGAGGCAGCCAUGGAGAAGAAUCCCUACACCAUGGCCAAGCUGGGCCUGGAGAGCAACGGCAAGCUGCACUCGCAGCGGGACUGCGGCUUCUACGCCAAGUACGUCUUCCUCUUCCUCUCCCUCAUCCAGUUCCUGAUCAUCCUGGGUCUGGUCCUCUUCAUGGUCUACGGCAACAACCGGGCCGCCACCGAGAAGCACCUGCAGGGGAUGUCCAUCUGGCUGCAGGAGUGCCGCGUCCAGACGGGGGCCCUCGCCAAGGAGAAAGCCAACCUCACCAGCCUACUGAACGCCAGCCGCGUGGAGAACCGCCAGAUGAUGGCCGAGGUGAAACGGCACAACACCAGCGUGAAGUUCUGCCUGGCAGAAAAGGUGAAGGUACAGGUACUGCUUCGGCAGGCAGAAAGCACAAUCAGCAGCUACCGGGAGUGCUACCAAAUUCUGAGUUUCUUCAACGCUACCUAUCCAGACAAAGUGAAAUCUCUCCAAGAACAGCUGAAGGCCAAGUCUUUGCAGGCCGAGCUGGAGAAGAAGAGCUUGGAGCAGGAGAACCAGCGCCUGCAGGCCCAAGUCAAGAAGGCCGAGCAGGAGGAGGCGGCCUGCCAGCGGGAGGUGCUCCAGGUCAGGACCCAGGUGAAGAAGGCCGGGGAGCUCGAGCACCAGGUGAUGGGCGAGAUGCAGGCGGCCAACCUGCACCUGAAGGGCAUGGUGGAGACGGCGCUGCCCAGCCAGACCAUUUGGAGCUGCAACACGGAGGAGGUCCGGAACCUGCAGACCACGUGCAACAAUCUGUCCAAGCAGCUGGACGGCUACAUGGCCACCCUGGGCCACCGGCUGGAGGACAGAGUCAACACCGUGGCCCAGGAUAUCGCCUUGCUGAAGAAGGAGAAGGAGGCCUGCGCCCAGGGCCAGCAGGAUCUGAGCAGCAAACUCAAGGCCCAAGAGCAGCAGGCCGCGCAGGAGAGGGAUCUUUGCAGCACCACGAAGGCAAAGAUCUACGCCGAGCAGCAGAAGCUCUUCGACGACAAGGAAGCCCUGCAGCAGGAGCUGGACAAGAUCAAGCAGAAGUGCUGGGCUGGCCCUCAGCCAAGGGUGCCUGGGGCUUCGGGCGGCACAAGCCCUUUUGGCAGCUUCCCUGGGAAUUUCAACCCCGUAGUCCCGAUGGCCCCUAACGCCUUCAACCCGCAUUGGCCAAGGGCCGGAGCCCUGCAUGCCCCGCCUCGCGCUUUCGGUGACCUGGGGCCACACGGGAACCUGCCUGCUCAGCGGAACUCCACACCACUGGGAAACGUUGGCUCCCACAGGACUUCCAGCCACACCGGCCACACCAAGCCGGAAGAGGGCAAGAAGCCUGUUGGGGCCGACGCCAUUUCCCCCUACCAGCCCCUGCUGAAGCCCGCCGGACAGCCCAGGUGCUCUUGA